UUCAAAGGAAGAAGGGACUUUGAUCAUUCUGCUCGUCAGAAUGUAUUCAGUUCAUUGCCCUUAGAUGGCUAUGCUUCAAUUUAUUCUCCUAAACCAUCGCACUCAGUUGGAGAACGGAUCUAUAAAUAUGUCCAUCAAUUUGGCAUUUUCUCUCUUAAUCACGUCUGCCUCACUCCACUCUUCGUUAUUCGUAUGUUCUCCCCCUCUGCCUCCCUAAACAUACCUCUUUCAACCUUGCCCCCCUACCUCAGCAGCCAUGCUGCCUCACUCAACCAGUCGCACCCACCACUCGGACAAGCGAAAGGGUGUUGGUUUCAGCCCGUCGUUGCCUUAUGCAAAUGUGGAUUAAGACAGAAAAUUAGGGAGUGCAUUAAGAAGACGAGAAAUAGGCCUCAUUUACGGCUCUACUUCGAGCGCCAAUUGAGCUUGGAGCAAGGGGGAUUGAUACCAUUCGUGAUGCGGACGCCGGAGAAACUAUAUUAG